AUGGCAGACAUGCCUCCUAGUCUAGGAGGAAGUAAACAGCCAUCGGACUUAACAGGAAGAGGCGCCGAAGAAAGGAUGGACAGAGACUGGACCAGCGUUUCAUUAAGGAAGUGUAAGAGAACAUCAGGAUCAGGUUCGAUCUCUCACUCCAUUUCUAGUGCAAGUAAUAGCAUCAGGGCGAGAACAUCAAAGAAACCCGACUAUACGGGAGCACCAUGCUCAAAAAUUAACGCGGCAAAUUUAAAUUCACACGUACCAUCAGUAUCGAACCCCGUCGUAUAUAACAUAGGCUCCGACGUCUACUCCGUCCGUGUUUCGUCUGUACAUGGCUAUCGUCAAAUUAUCUCUAGCCUAGAGAAGCAAUGUUUCGAGUACUACUUCUACAAGAACGAAGAGUCACUUCCUAUUAAGCUCGUAAUGAAAAACAUUUCUGUUCCUUUCCCUGAAGAUUCAGUAUUUGCUGAACUUAACGAAGAAGGGUCCAAUCAUACCGUCGAAAAUUGUAAUGCCACAGCAUGCAAGACUUGUAGCCAGAAACAUCACACUGUCCUCCAUCCGGAAAAUAAAAAUAAAAAAUGCUUCCAGACCAAUCACGCUAGCUUGCAUAACUCUUUACCGUCUCAAGUUUUAUUGUCGACUGCUAGGAUUAACAUCUUAGAUAACAAGGGAGUUCCUCAUGCGUAUAGGGCUCUGUUAGACAACGGGUCUCAGUUGCAUUUCAUGACUGAGAAACUAGCCGAGAAAUUAGGCCUGAAGCAACGGGAGAUUGAGAUUCCUCUCGGUGGAGUGAAUCAAAUGACCUCUAGUGUAAGCAAAAUAACAAGGACAACUAUCCAAUCCCGGUUAAACAAAUAUUCGACAGAUCUGACCUUCCUCAUAACGCCGGAGGUAAAUAGUCAGGCACCAAGCGAACCAUUGAAUAGGGUGGAGUUGAAAAUUCCUUCCAAUAUCCAUCUUGCCGAUCCGGAGUUUCACAGACCAUCAGAAAUCGACAUACUGAUCGGUGCUGAGAUAUUUCUGAAAUUGCUGUGUGUCGGACAAAUGUCUUUAGCUAACGGUAACGUAAUUAUUCAAAAAACUCAUUUCGGAUGGAUUCUGGGAGGAAAAACGCCUGGUGUAGCAGGUCCAAUUGCCGCCAAGUGCAAUUUAUCAUUCAAUUUAUUAAACAAGAAAAUUUGUGAAAUUUGGGAAAUUGAAACUGGACCUAACGAAAGAACUAAAUCUCACGAAGAAAACGCAUGCGAAAUUCACUUCCAAGCAAAUACGCGCCGCGAUUCCGCAACCGGCCGUUAUAUCGUGAAACUUCCGUUUAAGGAAGAUUCAAACGGACUCGGCGAGUCAUACUCUCAUGCACUCAAACGAUUUCACUCGCUAGAACGAUCGUUAGGUAGGAAUCCUGAAUUAAAAGAUAAAUAUGCCAUAAUUAAACAAUCUAGCUUAACAACAAAACUUGGAACCGUUUUUGACGCGUCAGCGAAAACAUCCAACGGGAAUUCUUUGAACGAUAUACUCAUGGUAGGUCCCAAUAUCCAGCAAGAGCUUUUCUCACUGCUGAUCCGAUUUAGAUCACAUAUAUUCGCAAUCACCGCCGACAUUGAGAAAAUGUAUCGGCAAAUACUGGUGAAUGAAAAUGAUCAAAAGUUUCAGAACAUUUUGUGGCAAGAAAAUUCUCAUCAACCUGUAAAAAUCUUCCGAUUAAAGACGGUCACCUAUGGUACGUCAUCUGCCUCGUUUUUAGCAAAUCGAACGUUGGUGCAACUUGCUGAUGAUGAAUGCGGAUCGUACUCAUGUGCUUCUGUCGCAUUACGAGAGGAUUUUUACAUGGAUGAUUUGAUAUCAGGCGCGAGAACAAUCGAAGAAGCUAAGCAAUUAAUUGCCGAAUUGAUGACGGUUACGCGCAAGGGUGGCAUGAAUUUAAGGAAAUGGGUUUCUAAUGUACCCGAGCUUAUCAGAUCAUUAUCUAAAGAUUUUAGUGACACUUAUUUUAGUCUAGACUUAGGCGAUACAACAAAGGCACUCGGUGUUUAUUGGAAUCCCAACCCCGACUCAUUUUUUUAUACUGUCAAGCAAUCAAGGUUAGAUGCGCCGGUAACGAAAAGGAACAUUUUAUCAGAAAUAGCUGAAUUAUUCGACCCGCUAGGCUUACUAGGUCCUGUUAUCUUAACACCGAAAAUCCUUAUGCAGAACUUGUGGCAAUUGAACAUCGGUUGGGACGAAUCGGUUCCCCCUGAAAUAGAAGAGUCCUGGUUGGAUCUCAAACAAAAUUUAGCGCUCCUCCGAGAAAUCGAAAUCAAUCGAAAAAUAGUCGUCGAUAAUUAUGUCUCGCUUCAAAUGCACGGUUAUUGUGAUGCCAGUGAAAAGGCAUUCGCGGCCUGUAUUUAUGUUAGAUCAUCUGACAAACGCGGAAUGUAUUUUACUCAAUUGGUAUGCUCGAAAUCUAGAGUCGCGCCAUUGAAAACGUUAUCUUUACCCCGCCUAGAACUCUGUGCUGCAGUUCUAUUAUCUAAAUUAUACUCAACUGUCUCUCAAGCCUUACGAAGACUUCAUAUCGAAAAGACCAUUUUUUGGUGCGAUUCUACCAUAACGUUACAUUGGAUAAAUAGUCCCCCUAAUACUUUGAAACCCUUCGUCGGAAAUCGAGUUGCGGAAAUCCAAUCGCUGACACAAUCUCUCGAAUGA